AAUAGCCGCGAAAGAUUGAAAGAAGAGUAACUGAACUCUUGAUAUUUGGUAGUAAUAAAUGAAGUUUAUUGAUUUGAAAUUGCUGUAUUAUUUUCAGUUAUUUGUGUUUUUGAUCGCUACUACUUAGUUAUAUUGCGAUAUAGUUGUAUGAAACUCCUGCAAUGGAGCGACAUGAAAACAUCGCUACACAAAGCCAAGCAUCGAGCAUUUGGGGCCAGACUCAAAGUCAGCCGAUUGAGAAUAUAAUUUGGGGACGUCUGUAUGGAAAAAAUAUCAAAAUGAAUUCAAUCGAUCUAAAUGCUGAUGAAUUUACUGCUGGACGUGGCGAAGGAAAUAAUUUGAUGCUGACGCUGGAUUAUUUGCCAGAAAGAAUAUUAUAUCGAAUAUCAAAAGUACAUUUUACAAUAAAACGUGCCAAUUGCGAUAUUUCGAAUCCGGUGUAUAUACAAGACAACUCUCGUAACGGUACCUUUGUCAACGGCGAACGAGUUGAUAUGAAUAAGUCACGAAUUUUACAAAACGACGAUGUGAUAUCGUUGUGCCAUCCUAUGAACAAAGCUUUUGUGUUCAAAGAUCUCUGUCCCAACGAGACGAUGGGUUUGCCGAAGGAAAUUACUACGACUUACUAUAUAAGUAGAAAAUUAGGUUCUGGUGCAUGUGGAUUAGUGCGUCUAGUUUUUGAUAUUCGCACAUGCAAUCAAUUUGCAAUGAAAAUAGUUAAGAAGAAUCUUCUUAGCGACACUAGAGUCAUCAAUCGUCAUAAGCCUUCAAAUUCAAAUGAUCAGGAAAAAGUUCUUAACGAGGCGAAUAUUAUGAAGAGUCUAUCUCAUCCUUGCGUCAUAAAAAUGCAUGACAUUAUUGAUAAACCUGACUCUGUCUAUAUGGUGUUGGAGUUCAUGAAAGGUGGAGAUUUGCUCAAUCGUAUUGUAUCCAACAAAAAUCUUAAUGAACAGAUAUCGAAACUUUUUUUUUUCCAAAUGUGCCAUGCCGUUAAAUAUUUACAUGAUAAGGGAAUAAGUCAUCGCGAUUUAAAGCCCGAUAAUGUUCUACUAGAAUCAUCGAACGAAGAAACUUUAUUAAAAGUUUCUGAUUUUGGUCUUAGUAAACUUGUACAAAACGAUUCAGUAAUGAAAACACUGUGUGGUACGCCAUUGUAUGUGGCUCCUGAAGUAUUGAUAACGGGCGGACGUGGGGCAUAUACGAAAAAAGUGGAUAUUUGGAGCCUCGGUGUGGUGCUUUUCACUUGCUUGAGCGGUACCUUACCCUUCUCAGACGAUUAUGGCUCGCCGGUCAGUGAGCAAAUAAAGCACGGAAGAUUUCGUUUUAAUCAUCCAUCUUGGCGAAAGGUUUCUCAACGAGCUACAACACUCAUUAAGGAAAUUUUAAUUGUGGACCCCAAAAGACGUCCAACAAUAGAUGAUGUCUUGAAGAGUAGCUGGCUAAAGGACAAUGAAAUGUUACGCAAAGCUAAAGCUUUAAUGAAGUUAGAUGUAAUGGAUAUUGCAGAGGAUGAAGAAAAUUUUUUGCAACCACCGAAAAAGCGAGCCAGAAGAUAAGUUAUGUAUUUUUUAUGUAGUACAUAAGUAUUAAUUAAGUCAGCAUUGUUUAUGUGUUUUCAAUGUUCCAAUGUUAUGUGUGAGUCAAAAACAUGAUUUUACUUAAUUAUAAUGUAUUUUACGUUACGCUAUUUGCCUAUUCAUUUUUGAAUCGCUGUUAAACGUCAUAUACAUAUACCCAUAUACUCGUACAAUUUAAGAGAAAUAUUUAAAGCUAAUAAACUGUUAUAAGUGUCAUGUAUAUUUGAUAAAAAUCUGUAUUAGAUAUAUUGAAAAAAUAUUAUUUUCUAGCGCUUUGCAGGCAGAAAUUGCUAAA